AAUGCUGGGCAAAACUUCAUCAGACACCUUGUCUGGCUGAAUGCAACAGAAUAAAUCUUAACAUUCAUCUGCACUCAUUCUGUACAUGGCACAGAUGGAAAUGCAGUAUCAAUAUCAACAGUCCAGGAUUUAACUUCCAGUCCAGGCUGUGGAACUCUGGAUUCAUUCAAGUCUGCAGAGCAUGGAUUUAGAAGUGUCAGGAGGAAGAGUUGCUGUAUUCCAAGGCAUCAAGUUCCUAAAGCAUGAAGGACGAAUUUAGCAAAAGGUCAAGGUGUGUGACCAUGGAAGAAGAGGUUCACCAUCAAGAAUCCUGAGCAGUGACACCAGGACAGCUCUGGAGACACUGGCAGCCUGAGCUACAGGAGAGAGGAAUCAUGCUGAAACCAAGUGGACUUAAAAUCCCAGGCAGGGCUGGGAAGCACUCCAGCCCUGUGGGACGGGCAUCAGGGACCAGCACAGCUGCUGCCACCACUGGCUCCAAGGAAGGCUCACCUUUACACAAGCAGGGCACCACAUCCACCGCCAGCACCGAGAAGUCGGCUUCGAAGGUUGCCGAGGUGGGCGAUGAUUUCCUGGGAGACUUCGUGGUGGGCGAACGCGUCUGGGUGAACGGAGUGAAGCCAGGGGUGAUCCAGUACCUCGGGGAAACGCAGUUUGCUCCGGGCCAGUGGGCAGGGGUUGUUCUGGAUGACCCUGUGGGUAAGAAUGACGGCUCCGUGGGAGGAGUGCGCUACUUCGAGUGCCAGCCGCUGCAGGGCAUCUUCACGCGACCGUCCAAGCUGACGCGGCAGCCGGUGGCCGAGGGCAGCGACGCGCCCUCCGUGGACUCCCUGACGGCUCAGAACUUGUCCCUGCACUCGGGGACGGCCACGCCACCUCUGUCCACGCGCGUGAUCCCGCUGAGGGAGAGCGUCCUCAACAGCGCCAUGAAAACGGGCAACGAGUCCGGGUCCAACCUGUCGGACAGCGGCUCGGUGAAAAAGGGGGAGAAGGAUCUGCGCCUCGGGGAUCGUGUGCUGGUCGGGGGCACGAAGACGGGAGUGGUGCGCUACGUGGGAGAGACGGACUUUGCCAAAGGAGAGUGGUGUGGAGUGGAGCUGGAUGAGCCCCUGGGCAAGAACGAUGGGGCAGUUGCUGGCACAAGGUAUUUCCAGUGCCCACCCAAGUUUGGCCUCUUUGCUCCCAUCCACAAGGUGAUCCGGAUCGGGUUCCCAUCCACCAGCCCUGCCAAGGCAAAGAAGAGCAAGAGGAUGGCCAUGGGGGUGUCAGCCCUGACCCACAGCCCCAGCAGCUCCUCCAUCAGCUCCGUCAGCUCCGUGGCCUCCUCGGUCGGGGGCAGGCCCAGCCGCAGUGGGCUGCUGACAGAGACCUCGUCUCGCUAUGCCAGGAAGAUCUCUGGCACCACAGCGCUGCAGGAGGCCCUGAAGGAGAAGCAGCAGCACAUUGAGCAGCUGCUGGCAGAGCGGGACCUGGAGAGGGCAGAGGUGGCCAAGGCCACCAGCCACAUCUGUGAGGUGGAGAAGGAGAUUGCCAUCAUGAAGGCCCAGCACGAGCAGUAUGUCACAGAGGCAGAAGGAAACCUGCAGCGAGCACGAGCCUUGGUGGAUGGGAUGCAGAAAGAGAAGAUUGAGCUGCUGAACCAGCUGGAAGAGGAGAAGAGGAAAGUGGAGGACUUGCAGUUCCGUGUGGAGGAAGAAUCCAUUACAAAAGGGGAUCUGGAGACUCAGACGCAGUUGGAGCAUGCCCGAAUUCGGGAGCUCGAGCAGAGCCUGCUGUUUGAGAAGGCACAGGCUGAAAAACUCCUCAGAGAAUUAGAGGACACCAGGCUGACCACGGUGGCGGAGCAGUCCCGGAUCCUGCAGCUGGAGGAGGAGCUGAGCCUGAGGCGCAGCGAGGUGGACGAGCUCCGGCAGUGCCUGCAGAGCUCGCAGCAGGCAGAGAGCCCCGAGCACAGCCUGGGCCUGCACUCAGAGGCACUGAGGCUGAGGGAUCAGCUGCUCUCUGCCAACAAGGAGCACCAGAAGGAGAGCAGUCAGCUGAAGGAGAAGUAUGAGAAGACGCUAAAGAAGUACCAGCAGGAGAUGGAGAAGCUGAAGUCUGUCAAUGAGAAGUACUCGCAGGAGAUUGUGGACUUAAAGCAUAAAGUUCAGCAGGCCACUAAUGAGAACAUGGGGCUCAUGGACAACUGGAAGUCCAAGUUGGACACGUUAGCUUCUGACCACCAGAAGUCUCUGGAGGACCUGAAAGCCACGCUCAACUCAGGCCCUGACACCCAGCACAAGGAGAUUGUGGAGCUGAAGGCAGUGGUGGAGAGUAUAAAGCUGGAGCACCAGCUUGAGUUGGAGAACCUGAAAGCAAAGCACGACAUCGAGACAGCUGUCCAUAUAAAGGAGAAGGAGAGUCUCAAGCUGAAGCUGCAGGAGGCUUUGGAUGAGGUGGAAAAAAGCAACAGCAACUGGAAAAUGCAACUGGAAACCAAAAGCAGUCAGCACCUUCUCGAGCUCCAGGAUGUGAAGGACAAGUGUCGAGAUGCUGAGCUGAGGGUGCAUGAACUGGAGAAACUUCAUGGUGAAUACACAGAUCAGACAGAAGCAAUAGCUUUCUUGAAAGAGCAGAUAUCUUUGGCUGAAAAGAAGAUGUUGGACUAUGAAACAUUACAGAAAACAGAAGCCCACAGCAAACAGGAAAUCCAAAGAUUGCAGGAAAAAGUGCUUGUCUUAGAGAACAAGCUGCAGUCCAUGGAGGCCCUGCAUCCUUCUCAGCAUGCAAAUAUGAUUGAGACUAAUGAUAUUUCAGAAGAAAAGAUAAAGAUGAAGGAGACUAUGGAAGACCUCCAGGACAAGCUGAGUAAAAGAGACAAAGAGGUGUCAUCCCUGGUGACCCAGACUGAAACUCUAAGGGCCCAAGUAAGUGCUUUGGAAAACAAAUGCAAAACAGCAGAAAAGAAGGCUGAUUCAGUGCUCAAAGAAAAGAAGAGGCUGGAAGGAGAACUGGAAGCCCUGACCAAGAAAACACAUGAUGCCUCAGGGCAGCUGGUCCUGAUCAGCCAGGAGCUGCUCAAGAAGGAAAGGAGCCUGAACGAGCUGCGGGCGCUGCUGCUGGAGGCGAACCGGCACUCGCCGGGGCCGGAGCGCGACCUCAGCCGCGAGGUGCACAAGGCUGAGUGGAGGCUGAAGGAGCAGAAGCUCAAGGAUGACAUCAAGGGGCUGCGGGAGAAACUGGUUGUGCUGGACAAGGAGAAGGCGGCGCCGGAGCAGCGGCGCUUCUCGCUGAUCGACCCCUCCUCGGAGUCGGAGGUGAUCCGGCUGCAGCACCGGCUCGUCAGCACUGAGGACGUGCUGCGCAACGCCCUGGAGCAGGGACACCAGAUGGAGAAGCUCAUGGAAGCCAUGAGGCUCUCCUCUGAGAAAACACAGACUGUUGGAAAUUCUGGGUCUGCUAAUGGGAUUCACCAGCAGGAUAAAUCCCACAAGCAAGAGGAAAAGCUCUGAUAGAGAAGAGGUGGAAAGGAUCAUUUCACGCCAGUAUCAGCUCCUCUGCACAGUCAGGAAAAGCAACACCACAUCUGGCUUUAGCACCUCCAAAAGACCACACACAGUAUUUUCACUUUAAAGCAGGACAAUGUUUAUAAUGUACUAACUGAUGUAAUCGGGACAAUCCCAGAGUCCAGCUUUCCAAGACAGCCAUUGUUCCAGGAGGGAGCAGAAGGACCUCUCUGGGUUUGGUUUCUUACUUGUAUUGGUUUUGACUGUGGAAUUUGUAUUGUUUGAGCUGCCCUUGUCCCACCAGCUGACGUGGUUUGGAUGACAGCUGCCCUGACCUGUGGCUCAAGUGUUAGUGGGACCCCACAGGAGCUGCAGAGGGAUUUGCCUGUGGUGUUCAAAGCAUGUGCCCAUAGGCUGCACCCUUCCCACGGGGUCUGGCCCUUCCCUCCCACACUCCCUGGUGUCCUGAGGACCUGCACAAGUGAGUGAGACCUGCUGGGCUGAUGAUGUGAGGUUUGGGGACGUGUUCCCCUCCUCCCUUUUGGAAGACAUCACUGUUUUAGAGCAGAACCUGCACUUAGUUCUUGUAUUAUAGCAUGUUGUGGGAAAUAAUCCAGUUUCAGAGGGGUAUUUAUUUUGUUUCUUCUCUCCUGGCAUUUGGGGAAGAAGCUGUGGGGGCUGCUCUGGGUUUGGGGUCAGGCACACCUUGCCUGGGUGUAUUGGCCCUUUUUCCUGCAGUGGGAUCUCUGAGCAGGCUGCUGGAGCCCUGUGCCAUAGCCAUCUGUCCAGCUGUGUCCCCCUCACUCCUGGGGGGUUCCUGGGCUCUGUUUUGAGCUCAGGACUCCACAGGUGCUGGAUCUCAGCAUUGCUGGCCUUGGAGCUCCAUGCUGGGGGCACUCAGUGUGGGACAGGCGCACUGAACAAAAGGUUCCCUCCUUGCCUGUGCAAUUGAACAGCUCACUGUGAUUGCCUGGUGCUUUCCAGAGCUGUCCUGAGCUCUCCAGUGUGAUGCCCAAGCCCUGCUGCCUGAGGUGGAGGAGGUGGAGGUGCUGCUGUGAGCCUGUGAUGGCUUCAGCAAUCCUCUGUCAUGACCUGGGUGUGUUUGGAGCAGAGGCAAUCCAAGACCAGAGCCCACACAGCUCCUGUGUCUGUACCAGCAGAGGAUCUUGUUCCUUCUUCUCAAGGCUUUAUUCCAACUUUGCACCACAGCUCCCAGGUGAUAACAGGGCAGAGGAAGGUGACAACAUGCUCUUAAAGGUGUGAAAGAGCCAGCUCAGGGUCACUCUUCAGCAGCACAGGGAACAGUCACAGCAAUAUUUCUCCAGGCUUCUCCCAGUUAGUGCCACCUCCUCCAGCCUUCUGCUAUGAUGGGACAUCUGUGACAGGACAAGAUGGGAGAGGAGAUCUGAGCCAGACCCCCAGCAGGUGAACACGAGGGCACAUCAGCUCUGUUGCUUUUUGCCCUGAUUUCCCACAAAGUUGUGUCACUUUCUCUUAGUGGGUUGCCAGACUUCUGCUUCUCUGAAGGAUGGGCAGCCAGGAGCAGCCUGGGAAAGACCUGAGCUUCAGGACUGUGAUUUUGCCAUGAGGAGAAUGACAUUGAACACCUGACCCUUCUCACCUGAUGCAGAAUUGGUGAUGUCCUGUCCUUCAAGGAGGAUGGGAGAGGAAGGAGAAGUAGAACAAGUCAGAAAUCACAGCAGAAAUCUGCUCAUGGUAGCAGGAGGCAGAGGGUGGCAUGGAACUGGCUGGAAAUAAUUCAUGUAGAAUUCCAUCCUGCCAUGUAGAAGUGUUUCUUCAGCUCUUACAAAUCACCAGGAAGAUUGCCACAUCUCUGCCUAGCUCUGGGAGCUUCCCAAGGGGUUGUAGGAGUGGUCUCCAAAACCCUCCUGGCUGAGUAUUCAUCUUCUAAGUGAUUUUGGAAAGUCCCAGAGGGAGUUUUUGUUUGUUACAGCCCUCAGUAGUGAAUACCUCACUGCUGGUUUUAAGAAUUUAGAGCUGAUGUUUCUCCAAAUGCUCCUGUUGGCUGGAUGGUCUCUGAAGUCAUGUCUGCAGACCCUGUGGACUUCCCUGGGCACCUGCAAGAGGGAGGGCCCAUUCUGGUUUGUAAUUUAUUUUCCUGUUUGGGUCUCCUAGUGACUCGUGGCCAGCUGCCUUCACCUGCAGCAGAGAUAUCUCUGUUUCCACCUCCCUUUGGCUCUACACAGAGUAGGAUCCCCUGGGAGUCAGUCCCCAUGUUUUUGGUUCUGUUGAUCAGAUCCAAAGUUGCCAGGCUGGAAGAGUCUCUGGCUCUUGCCUCUGCCCAGGGACCAUCCCCUGAGAGCAGCUCAGACCUGGGGCUCUCCCUGUUCAGCUCAGGAGACAAUGCAGCACAGGAGCAGAGGGGUCAGAGCAGGUUCAGAGCUAGUGCUGAUGGUGUUCUCUGGCUGUAGAUGACUGUGCUGCUCCCUGAGGAUCAGCCAGGAGCUGUUGGCACUGCUGGGCUCUCCGUGCUGGCUCUGUGGUCACUGUGGGACAGGGCUGAGGGUUGAAGCCCCUCUGGGGUGCAGGUCCAUGGGAGCUGCUCCCAAACAGGACCAUCCACAAUGCCAGCAGAUAUUUGUGUGCUCAUGUGGGCUUCAGCUGAGCCCUGUGUAAGGAGGGAUUGCACUCACUCACUUCCUCCCUCUCCAAAUUUAGCACAGGCUUCCCCAGGGCACCAGCCUCUGGCUGCCCCCCUGAGGUGGUGAGAGACCACACUGGGGACAAACUUGGAAAGGACAAGGGGGAGAUUCCCCAUCCCCUCUAUUUAUUUGUAAGUUUAAGUGCUAUUUUUACCUAUGUGGUGGUGUAUAAAGUGCUUCACAAUCCUUGGUCCUGCUGGCUUGGUUUUUUGGGAGAGUCUGGGGCCCUGGAGCAGUGGUGAUGUCCCCUUGUCCUGUUGUUGAUCCGGGCUGGUUCCUGUUUGUGCCUUCACUCCCCCUCUGGCUUCAGCCUUGCUCUUACCUCGCUCCCUGGGAGCUGCUGAGGGAGGGCUGUGCUUUCCCCAGCCUUUCUCCCAGCCUGAGAGUGCCAUGCUGGUUCUCCAGCUGCAGGUGGCUCCUGAGCAGGGGUGCAGGGUGGGGAGCAGGGGGUGACACAGCUGGGCUCCAAGGGAAGGAGCAGCCCUGACAGUCAGUGAUGCUGUUCUGCUGAGAGCUGAGCCCUCGUCUGCUGCAAAAACAGCCUUUGGGUGCAGACUACUUAGUAUGGAGUGAUUUCUUCUCUAUUUGUCAAGACCAAAGGGGAAAAGAAUGAGUCUUGCUUGGGAAUGUCAGCUUUCUCCCUCCUGCAGCAUCCAGAGAGCUGGAGCAGCACCGUGCUGGUGCCCUGUGCAAUGAUGGUACCAAACUGCCAGCUGGGUGUUACAGUUCUGGAAUAAUGGUACCAACCUGCCAGCUGGGUGUCACAGCUCUGCAAUGAUGGUCCCAAACUGCCAGCUGGGUGUCACAGCUCUGCAGUGCCAGGUGCCAAGCUGCCAGCCAAGGCCUUACAGCUCCUGCCUCCCCCCAGCCACCAGCAGCUCCUCUGACUUGCAGUAGAGAUGCAUAAGGGUUUCAUUAAACAGAACAAUGCAAAUGGCACUGUAAAAGUCUUAAUGAAAAUUCCAAUACUCCGUUAUUCAGCAGCUUUAGCAGCUCAGCACUAUCUGUAGGGAGUUAUUAAUACACUAAGAUCCUAUAGGCCUCCUGUAAGUUACCAGAAAAAAGGUGAUACUAGAUGUAUAAAUGGAUGAUAACCUUUUACCCAUACAGUAUGUAUUACAAUUUUGUAGCUUAGUCAUUUUUUGGCUAUCAGAUUUUGUUAGUAUGAUACAAAAAAAAAAGAAAAAAAAAUGUUUGACUGCUAAUGUCUAUUUUGUUAUUUGAUUCAUUUUCUUCCUCUGUACAAAAGCUGUACAAAUCUGUCUGUGUAACUCCUCCACAUCUGUAUUCAUGUACCAUCCCCCUUGUCCUGGCUUGCUGGUGUGGUGAGCUCCUACUGAACAAUAAACUCUGUGGCUGAA